ACUCGAGCGCAAGUACUCGAGUCAAACAACUCAUUUUCGCCUCGACUCCUAGGAAAACCCGAUCACGCAAAAUUGGACCGGUCAGAAGCUGACGCGUACCGGAUUUGCGAAUAUUCGUCGGUGUCGCACUUCAUUCCGGUGACUUAUCAGCGUUCUAUCACCCCUGGACUCGAACGCGGAGGAAUACGUCGGUUUCACACGUUAGCAAGAGUUGUGCUUCCCGGUAUUGAAGCCAAUUUCUAUCGGCCGAAAGGGAGAAAAAGGGUGCCCCUCCAUAUAACACGCAAUACGACUUUUUACGCGAUUCCUUUCCGACAUUUGGCCGUGCGACAAAUAUUAUCUAGAAGCCGGAAUUUCCCAGCUUCUUUCGCCUCGCCAUGUCUAAAUCACCAUCUUCGGAGGUGAUGAAUAUUACGAACAUGCUUGAUAAGAACCAUGCUGCUGCAGCUGCAGCCGCCGCCGCCGCCGCAUCGGGUCCCUCGCCGGACCACCAAUUACUCCCACACCCCCAACUAAGUUCAGUUGGUAUUGACCGUGCGAACUCACCGCAUGGCUCCGAAAGUUCUUAUCACUCUGGUCCUCGUGUUGGUCAACCCCUUGAGGCUCUAAAUGGAAUGGGCAACGGUCGACCUUAUGGUUCUCCCUCUGCAAUGCAGACUGCGAUUCCUUUAUCUGACCCGAGCAUGGCGCCUGGCAUGAUGAUCCCUAGUAUGCCCCAGGUUACACACGGAAUACCGAUGUCUUACAACAAGCCUCCUGAGAUGGCCCCCCGACCUCAGCCCCCCGCAAAGGCGUACCCGUGCAGUACUUGCCCGAAAGCCUUUGCUCGACGUAGUGAUCUAGCUAGGCAUGAGCGAAUUCACUCUGGAAUACGCCCGCACGUUUGCGACCACCCGGGAUGUGGGAAACAGUUCAUUCAGCGCUCAGCUCUUACGGUACAUCAACGAGUCCACACAGGAGAGAAGCCCCACAUGUGUGAGAAGUGUGGAAAGCCUUUCAGUGACAGUAGUUCCCUAGCAAGACAUAGGCGCAUUCAUUCGGGUAAGAGACCGUACAAAUGCCCCUACGCCAACUGCCAGAAGACUUUCACUCGACGAACGACGUUAACUCGCCAUCAAAAUCAACAUACCGGUACUGUUGAGGAGGCCGCCGCCGCUACUGCUACUGCCUUGGCUGCUCAGGCUAACCGUACAGCGGCAAACGGGAAGCUUGUGAUGCACAGUGAUGGAGACCCUAUGUCGAACCACGGUUCUCCCCUGAAUACCUCUUCACCGGGCCAGAGACAGAUGUCUAUCUCGCCUGGUGCUGAGCUUGCUGCGGCAAACGCGAUGCGAAGCAGUGACUACUCGUAUGUGAGCAAUGGAUCGCUCCCGGUUCACCUUCGUACCGACAUGCAGUCACAAAGUCCUACGUCGGCACCGUCGUACACGACCGGUAUGCGACCUACAUCUCAUCCUACUAACUAUCCUCCGCCCCCGACUCUAGAACCUAGUGUCGAGUCACAUCAGUCAGGGAGCGGCAGCACCGGUGGAAGUCCUCACAUGGGCAGCGUGGGAUGGCAGUCGCCUUCGCAUAUGGGUUCGCCUACUCAUAGCAAUGGUGGCAAUAGUUAUGUGUACCCGGAUCCCGACCAACCCUUCCUAGGUAGCAACAAUAUGGGCCAGAUGUAUUACAACGCAGGCGCUCAGAUUCGACGACAAACGAGCACGGAACCCGUCCCGGCGACUUAUGACGUCAAGCCACGUCCCAAUGAGCUAUGGGCAGGUCAGUAGGGCGACUUCCCCAGUGAUUUCGGCUGGUUUCGGAACGAGGCCAGCGAUCCCCUCCUAGGCACAGGAUACCAGGAGGCUACCUCUUCCCCGUCAGACUGCCAAGAGACUGCCUCUUCCGUAUCAGGAUACCAAGGCGAUUUCGUUACAUAUGGUUACGAAGGUCAGGAGGUCAUGCCCUUCAAGGGAUUUGCGUUUAACCAAUAGAUUUCCUUUGUCUCUUGCAUAUUUCUUUUGUUCCGGAAAGGUUUAAUACCCAUUGGCACGGCGAGGUGUGAUUAAUCUCGAUAUGCGAUCGAGAAGGGAUCAGCACACGGCGUUUUCUAUUUUUCUUUUGUUUACGAAGGCCUCAGAUCCGGAAUCAAACUGCCUCGGGGCAGUCUUCACUCAGCUCCGUCUAAAAGCACAGCGCGCGCACACAUACCUCGAGAUAA